CAUUUCCUUCACUGAGAGACCAGCCGGCUGAUCGCACACGAGGCAGAAUGAAAUCCUACCCGCUCGCCCUUGUUGCUGUACAGAUCCUCCACUGCUUGGGAAUGCCAAGCACUAAGGAAGCUCUGAGAGCCUCGGUUAUAAAGCUGAAUGAAAUCACUGAGAUCCCCAACCUCUGUGGUAUCAGCAGGCGAGGCGUGACAAAUACUUAUCACACAGGCAGGUUGUCGUACAACGUGGAUCUGACGUUCUCUGUCAAAGAAACAGUUUGCUCCAAAAAUUCCGGGCUGGAAUUCGAUUAUCCCAGCUGUCAAUUCCGUCCCGAAUCUACGGCUGAGAAUGGUGUUUGCAAAAGUCGUGUGGAAUUUUUUGCCGAUAAGGUAGCUGACGUUGAUGUGGAGUGUGACGGUCUGAAGACAGUUGACAGUGACAGUGACUCGACGGAAUCAAGUGAAACCAGUAUUGAGGACAAAACCAAAUCAAAAGAGAAGUCAGUGGAGGAAACAUCAAAGGCCAGUACCGAAUCAAAAGAAGCAUCACAGGAAAAUAUUUCAAGUAUGGAAAAGUCAAAGGAGGCAUCAGUGGAAGAAUUAGCAGAUGUGAAAAGCAAGUCAAAAGAAACAUCUCUAGAAGAGCCUUCAGAUAUGAGAAGCAAGUCAACUGAAUUGUCUCAUGAAGAGUCUUCCAAUGAACAGGAUGAAAAUUCGAGAGCACGGCACUGACCACGAAUGACUAAACUCAGGGAGAACACAGGAAGACCUCAUUUGUAUUUAAUGUUUUAUCAGUUGUGGCUCAUAUAUAAGAUGGAGAUUUGCAAUUGUUGAUUGUACAUUUUAGUGUAAACUGGAAGAUUGUUUUGUUUGUAAGUGUU